AUGGAUGGGCUUACCAGUGCGAGUCCAACGCCUGAGCGAAAUUUCAGCUGCGAUAUGAUGAUCAACAAUACCUUGCCAUCGCAGAAUGACAAUAAUCAGCAGCGACAAGAAUUGCAACGGCAAAAUCAACAGAAUCAACAUCAAUAUCAAUAUAGCACAAGUGUUAUAUUAUCAGACACCAAUACUCAGAUAGACUGUGGGCAAAGUAGCGAUACAUUGGACGGCAGUAUACACGCUCAGACGACAAAUGCAAAGAUAUUUAUGGCUAUAAGCACGCCGCCUCGCGUGCGCACAAGUGUAGAGAAUGCCGUCGAUUCAUUUGAAGGUCGAAUAGGCAAGGACUCGGCGAGUGUGACCGAAGCCGAGCCUUACUCGCCCGUAUCGCAGGGAGUAGCAGAAUUGGGAGCGCAAUGUCAGGAUGGUAUGGGCACAACUAUGGAUGACGGUAAGAGUCACGAACACGAUGGCUUACCACAGAUUGCUAGGCAGCUUACGCUGGAUUCUGUGGCUACUGCAGAACCGGAGCACGCAUCAGUUGGUGCGGUGAAUCAUAAUAUAAAUAUGUUAGAUACUAGCGCUAUAAAUGAUAGUACAGCUAGGCUGAAUUGUGACCAGAGCUAUGAGACUUCGGAAGACGUACGCAUGGAGGAGGCUAGCACGCCCCCACAAUGCACCGAUACCCCCAGGGAGUCACGCGAGCAUUAG